CGCCCGCUGCGCCCCUCAGUGCCGCGGCGGCUGCGCGGGGCGGGGCGGGGCGGUGCUCCCCAGCCCCCUCCCCGCCCCGGGGCGGCCCGUCCCCGCGCCGCCAUGCUGCCGAACACCGGGAAACUAGCAGGAUGCACCCUCUUCAUCACAGGCGCAAGCCGGGGCAUUGGCAAAGCCAUUGCUUUGAAAGCUGCCAAGGAUGGUGCGAACGUUGUGAUAGCUGCCAAGACAGCCGAGCCCCAUCGUACGCUCCAAGGGACUAUCUACACUGCUGCAGCAGAGAUUGAAGCGGCUGGAGGAAAGGCUUUGCCUUGUGUUGUUAAUGUGAGGGAAGAAGAGCAAAUCAUUAAUGCUGUGGAGAAAGCUGUGAAGACAUUUGGAGGAAUUGAUAUUUUGGUGAACAAUGCAAGCGCCAUCUCUUUGACUGGCACUUUGGAAACAGAAACGAAGAAAGUCAAUCUUAUGAUGGAGGUCAAUGUGCGAGGAACCUACCUUACGUCUAAAACAUGCCUUCCCUACUUGAAGAAGAGUAGGAACCCCCAUAUCCUGAACCUCAGCCCGCCUUUGAAUCUGAAUCCCCUGUGGUUCAAAAAUCAUUGUGCUUAUACCAUUUCUAAAUAUGGGAUGUCCAUGUGUGUCUUGGGAAUGGCAGAAGAAUUUAAAGGAGAAGUUGCUGUCAAUGCUUUAUGGCCUAAAACAGCCAUACAUACAGCUGCUAUGGAUAUGCUGGGAGGAUCUGGAGUAGAAAAACAGUGCAGGAAAACCGACAUUCUUGCAGAUGCUGCAUAUUGCAUUUUAACAAAACCAAAAAGUUUCACUGGAAACUUCAUUAUUGAUGAAGAUCUGCUGAGAGAAGAAGGAGUUAAGGAUUUUGAUGUCUAUGCAAUUGCACCAGGUCAGCCCCUGAUACCUGACUUCUUCUUGGAUGUUCCAAUUGACACAGCAGCCGUGAAAGAAGGAAGAUAUGGAGCUUCUCAAGAAUUCAAAGAGGAGAAGAAAUUAAGUGGAUCCCAGCCUGAAGGACCUAAGGUUAACACAGGAUCUACUUCAGCCAAGCCUGUUGCAGAAACAUUCAGAGUUAUUCAGGGAGCAAUGAGUGAAGAGUAUGUGAGAACUACUCAGGGUGUCUUUCAGUUUGAAUUAUCUGGUGAUGAAGGAGGCACUUGGUAUAUUGACCUGAAGACCAACGGUGGGAGCGCUGGUUUUGGAAAGCCCCCUGUGACAGCUGAUGUGUUUAUGAGCAUGUCAAGUGAUGACUUUGUGAAAAUGUUCACAGGUAAACUAAAGCCCACCAUGGCCUUCAUGUCAGGAAAAAUAAGGAUUAAAGGUAACAUGGCACUAGCACUAAAGCUUGAGAAGAUGCUGACACAGUUCAACUCUAAACUGUGAGGGGAAACCCUUACUAGCAAAACAGUGGCCUUUCAGAUAUAACCGCAAUGUUGUUUUAAAAUGGUUGUCCUAAUUUUUCUCUAAUGCAAUAUAAGAAGUAUGGAUAAAAUGUGCUAUUUUUAAAGAAGAAAUAACUGCUUAAGACAAGAAGGUCUUUGUGAUUAAACUAAUUCCUUCUCAAGAAUACAUGUAUUAGGUUGCAGGCAUUUUCUUUACUUCUGCUCCUUUGGAUCAAUGCUGAACACCUGAAGUGAGUUUUUCCUCACAUAGUUGCUUGCACACAUGUCCCAUGAAAAAGGUGGGGAGAGCAAAUGUCACCCUGCAGAUCUGUUUCUGUGACAGAAGUGCCAUGCAGAGAUUCCUGAGCUGGCUUAGAAGUGGAAGCAAUAUGGGCAGUUUAGCGGGGCCCUAAUUACCCCUGGUAAAUGAACAUCUCAGUAAUUCUUUUUUGCUUUCCUGAGUUUGUUACCUGCAUUAGCCCUCAUACUCUAUAUUGCACUGAGGCUGCACAGACACAUGCAGUGUAGGCAAGUUUUCUUUUUGUGAAAAGAUGCCUCCACGCACACACAGACACACAAGCAUGGACGGGCACACACACAGAGUCCCCUGUCCCUCACUGCUACAGACAAGGCGCUUCCUUCACAGCCCCUUCAUGUUGCAUUACAAGGGUUAAUCUGAGCCGCCACAGCCCACCACUUCCCCUUCCUUCCCUUUGGCUGGUAAAGGUUGAAGCUCUCUAGUGAAAGCACACGUCCCCACUGUGUAAGUGGACAACUGCACACAUGGUCUGCAACUUUGUGUGACGGCAUCUGCAAAGCCAGAUGCACCCGCCUCAUAAAAUAUUUGUUCAGUGUCCCUGUCAGAGACUGAAAAGAUAAUGGCUCAAACAUUGUGGCAAAAACAGUUCAUCCAGCUGCAGGAGAUGGGACAUUGGGGAUAAGGUGAAUUGUGAUUUACACAUCAGUGACAAGCUGAGGAGCCACGCAGGCUGGCUGGCUGACACAGGAGGUGCGGCACCUGCUGGAGAGCACGUAGCUCCUGUCUUCUGAUAGGCCGAGCAUGGCACUAAUGGCAAAGCUGAGACCCUUCUAGACUUUUCCAUCUUUCACAAUCACCCCCCAGUGAUGCCUGCACAAAAUACCAAAGAUGAUUAAUGCAGGCAAUCCAGACGACUGUAGCAGUCCACCUGUGCAAGCACUGGUGUUGCACACCCACGAUCCUGAGCACCACUCCACCCAUCAGUCUCACCGCAGGAACUGAACAAGACACAGGAGCGUGCUGCACAUCACUGGAUCCAAGCCUGUGAUCCAAAAAGCAGAGCCGUAAGGAUGGUAAAAUCUCUCUCUCUCUCUUUCCUGUACUUAUAUUAUUUUGCUUUCUUUUUCAUAAAUAAUAACAAGAUUUACAGCCCCACAUGUGCCACAAACUUUUUUAUGUUUACCAGUUGAACCUAAAAUAACAUAAAUCCUUCUGCUACCAAAUAAUUUUCCAGUUGGGCCAAGCUGCAAAAUAAAAGCCUUUUGUUUACA